AUGCCAUUGCCAGGAGACAUAAUUGAAGGCAUUGCAGAAGGUGCUGUUGAUGAUGACUCGUUCAUGUCGGCCAAGUUGAGGUCAGAACUUAGCUCACAACUCGGGAAAAUAAGCCGAGAUGCUGUUUUUAUCUGGUUGAAGGUAAGGAGGGGAGACAGCAUGGUUAAGCUCCGGAUUCUGCCUCAGCUGCUUCGUCCUUCGAAAGAGAACACUACCGUGAUCUGGUGGAGCAACAUAUACAUAAACGAUUAUAAAAGAAAGUCGCCAGGGAAUCAGAAGUUGGUUGAUCUUGGUCUUUUGUGGAUGAGUUUAGCAUCUUAUGAUGUGUUAAGAAAUUAA